AUGCAUUCUUUAUCAAUUUUUAAUGGCAGGUACAUUGCUUAAAAGAAGCUAUCCUCAGGUAGUUUUGGUGUAGUUUUAUUGGGAAGAGACAAAGAAAACAAUAUUGAUGUUGCCAUAAAAAUAGAGAAAGAAGAAAAUCAAGAAGUUAAAUCUCUGGAAAGGGAAGUGUAGGUUUUAUAAAGGUUAGCAAACACAGAAGGAGUCCCAAAUCUCUAUUGGCAUGGCGAGUAGGAUGACUACAAUAUCAUCAUAUUAUAGCUACUUGGGAAGGAUCUCGCCUAUUAUAUGAAGUAGAAAAGGAGGUUUUCUGUAAAGACAGCGAUUUAAUUAGGAAUAUAAAUUGUUAAAGUUUUGGAAAGAAUUCAUUAGAAAGGUGUUGUGCAUAGAGAUCUGAAACCUGAAAACAUCUUAUUUGGCUUAGAUAAUGAGUCUUCUAAAAUUUAUGUUGUAGAUUUUGGAAUCAGUAAAAUAUAUUUAGAUAAGAUGGAGAGAAUCAUACCCUUUCGAGAUGGAACCUCAUUUAUAGGAACCACCAGAUAUGCAUCCAUUGCUGCUCACAAAGGUUACGAAUUGAGUAGGAAGGAUGACUUGGAAUCUCUUAUGUAUGUUCUAUUGUACUUUAUUAAGGGGCAGCUACCUUGGCAAAAUAUGCAGAAUGUCACCGACGAGGAGAGAACGAACAAAGUUGGAGAAAUGAAAAUGACUAUCGACCCAAGGGAACUGUGCAAAGAUGUACCCAUCGAAUUCCCGAUUAUCCUUGAAUAUUUGAAGACCUUGCAAUAUCGGAGUGAACCUGAUUAUAAUUACAUAUACAACCUAUUCCAAAAGUCAGCCAAAAGCUUAGGGAUUGUCUUAGAUUUUGCCUAUGAUUGGGAAAUGCCUUCUCAAAGGAAGAUCUCAGCGAAUGAAAUGGUAAAAUCUUAAGAAAUGAAAAGAUCUACAACUCUUAAUCAAGCUCUAUUACCUCCCAAUCAAUAGGAAAUGAAGAAAUCCCUUGAGAAAGGCAAUACAAAUCUCAUGAGGUAAUCAAGCAAUAACAAUUUCUUAACUCCUCCCCAAAACAAUCAAUUGUAACCUCCUCUUUUGAGAAGAUCGGAUUCUCAAUAACCUAGUGUUGCUUCCAAUUAAGGCAGUGCCAUGCUUAGCACUUAUAAUUCCAGAAGACCCAAAUAUCAAAAGUCUAUAGUUGCCUUGGAUUAGUUUGAAGAUGUAAGAAAAAGCAUUGACAGCAUUUAAUUAGAAAGUGGAAAUGUAGACAAAUUGUAAACUGAUGAAUAAAAGUUUAAUAAAAUACUUAAUGAAAGUCUCUAAAAACCUCAAAUUUCAAAUAUUCAAUAAUCACACUACUACUCGGAAACGGUAGGUUGGAAGGACUCGAUUUUUGAAGAGAAUUAUUUAGAUGAUCCUCUCUCUAAAAAAUAUGGAUUACUCAAAAAUAAUGGAGUCGAUAUAGGCAAAAAACUUUCAUUGAAAAAUAAUAAAAUCAAAUUGCCAAAGAAAAAGAAUUGA